AGUAUCGGUUUUUAGAAGUCAAUUUGGUGGCCAUAUGUUUGGCUGUUCACUUUAUUAUUAUAUUUAUUUAAUUUCGAAUUAAACAUAGCAUACUUAUCGAAGAAUAUAAUUAAAAAAAAUUAAAUUAUAAACCUAACAUAUAUAUAUAUUAAAAAGUGUAUCAUAUUUAUUUUACUUAGUCACAUUUAAUUAAAUUUAAAGUUAACAUUUGUUAGGUUAUAUUAAAAGAAGAAAAAAAUGUUCAAGCAGGCUUUUAAAGCAUCAUUGAAAGUUGAUGUUUCAUUAAAUAUUUUAAGAGAAGUUAAGAAUACAAUUCCUGUCUUUCAAUGGUAUUGUAAAAGAUUUAUAAGCAUAACUAAAAAUAAUAAAUCCAAAUGGGAUUUGUUAACUGCUGUAUGUCUUGAACGUCAUCCAAUUAUAACAAAACCAAUGAAUGGAUUAGAAUCAAAUUAUUAUAAUUUGUUAAAGAGAAUAGAAUAUGAAAAUAGCAUGAAGUCAGACUUUGAGCUCCAAAUAGAAAAAGAAAAACUCAAGAAAGAGCAACCGUUGGAUGUAACAGCUGCAGAUAUGGAUGUCGUUUCUUCACAAACAAUGCAAGAAUUUGAAGAUAUGUGUCAAGAAGAAUUAAAAAACUUUGAAUUUGCACCUAAAGUUACAGAUUAUGAUAAAUCUAACGACAAGACUAGUCUUCAGCAGAAGUUGGACAGAACGUUAGUUUUACUCGUAGAACAGAAUAUCAAUGGUGAUGCAUCCUGGAUUCCACCUCAGGGUAUUAGGAAAGAAGGUGAAACGAUGAGACAAGCAGCGGAGAGAGUAUUGCAAGAAUUUUGCGGUACAAAAUUAAUGGUUAAAUUUUAUGGAAAUGCACCUAUCGGUUUCUAUAAAUAUAAAUAUUUAGAGCCGAAUAAAGAAAGCGGCAAGUACGGUGCUAAGGUAUUUUAUUAUUUAGCUCGAUACAUAAAUGGAUCUGUUGCAAAUGAUUUGAAAUAUCAAUGGUUAGAUAAGGCAGAAUUAAAGAAAACUGUCCCUCUGAAAUUUUAUCAACAUAUAUCUAAUUUUUUAAUAUUUGAGUAAGCAAUAUUAUUUAUUUGCAUAUUAUAAAUAAAUGAUUUAUUGUAAGAUUGAAAUGUCUUUAAA